UGUGUGUCAGUUUCGCUGGCAGCCGCGGUCGAUGCCGGUGAAGAGGGGGGGAUGGGCGCCACUGCAAAUGUUAAGGACCUGAGCUAGAAUCACAGCCUUGUAACACACAGAGCUGUACCUACCCCAAAUAAAUAUCGACUAUAAUUAUUAUUAAACAACAUUAUAAAUCGAUGCAACCGUCUGGGAAUCAAAGUAACACUUGAAGGAAGUGCUAUGACCCAAACAGAAAAGGGUAUGAAACUUUCACCCACUGCGUGAGGGACAUUGAGAAGUUUGGAAGGUAGCCCGGGAGAGGGAGCUGCUUCUCGGCUUACAGCUCGCAGGAAAAGCCGAGGUCAGAAGAAGAGGCCUGGUGGUCUGAUUCGUUUUGAUGUGGGAAUAUUUAAACACAACCAGUUCUCCCAAUUGGAUAUUUUACCUUAACUGAGCUGGAAUGAAGGGCUGGGUCUCCUGAUGUGUGUCAGGUGCUGUGAGUGGCAUUGCGGCACCACACCUCAGGAGUGGACUGUCUCUGCCAUCCGGAUUUCGUGAUUCCCUCUUCCCUCCCCCCUCCUCUCCUUUCCCCCUGUCCCUCCAUCCCUAUUCCCCCUCCCUUCCCCCUUUCCCCCCUCCCUUGCGGCGCUGUGCUUGACGUCAUGAGCAUAGCAAUCGCACUGGGAGUCACUACACCUGAGACACCUUACACAGACAUGGCCGCCGGAUCAGAUCCUGAGUCAGUGGAAGCAAGCCCUGCAGUAAAUGAGAAGACAUACUCAAACCACAGCUGUGGGAGUGCACAGAAUCAUGGAUACCGGGGCCUGCCCUAUGCUAUGCAACAGUCUUCCAUUGUGUGUUGUCAGGAUCAUAACUAUGGAGCGCCACCCCCUCCUACCCCUCCUGCCUCCCCACUCUCCCAGACCAUCAUUCCCCGCCUGGAGCUCAAUGGCGCCCUCGGCCGUUCACGACCCCGUUUCCACACCAAUGACGCUGACAACUCUGCUGAUAGCGACAGCUCCUCAGAAGAGGAGGGCGCCGUGCCAUCAGGCUGGUGCCAGUGCCGCCUGACGUCAGACCGCUACCUCAUAAAAUGCGAGAGCUGCAGGGGGCUGGACAGGAGGAAAGGACUGGAUGGGCAGCGUCGGAAACAAGACAAUGUGUCAGUAGGAGAGAGCAGCGCUACAGAAAGUGGAGAUGAGGAGGUCUCAGCUGCCACAGUGUCAUACACAGCCACACAGCACACACCCACCAGCAUCACCCUCACUGUUAACAGAGUUAAACGCAGCAAAGCCAAGAAGAGAAAGAAGAGCACGGAGAAAACACGAGCUGCCCCUAAAGCUAAGAAAGUCAAGGCCUUUAGGGAAGGGUCCAGAAAAUCCUUAAGGAUGAAGAACUCCACCAGUGAAGCGAGUGUUUUAGAUGAGAACACAGCUGAAGGUUGGGAGACACGUAUCCGCCAGUGGACAGAUCAGUAUGAAGAGGCACAGGCCAAUCAGUACAGUGCUGAUGUUCAAACACUUCUCCAGCUCCAUCACUCUGCCACCAAGAGCUCGCCAAACCCAGCAGCCCUCGCUAUGGACACCAUCAAUCGCACAGAGUUAGCCUGCAACAACACCGUAUUGAGCUCUCAAAUGCAGUUACAGCUGGGCCGUGUAACACGGGUGCAGAAACACCGGAAAAUCCUGCGAGCAGCACGGGAUUUGGAGCCUGACACACUCAUCAUUGAGUACAGAGGCAAAGUCAUGCUUAAACAACAGUUUGAGGUCAAUGGGCACUUCUUUAAAAAGCCCUACCCAUUUGUCCUGUUCUACUCUAAGUUUAAUGAAGUUGAAAUGUGUGUAGACGCACGGACAUUUGGGAACGAUGCUCGCUUUAUCAGGAGAUCCUGUACACCUAAUGCUGAGGUGCGGCAUAUGAUUGCUGAGGGGAUGAUUCAUCUGUGUAUUUAUGCUGUUACUCAAAUCUCCAAAGAUACCGAGGUCACAAUUGGCUUUGAUUACGAAUUUAACAGCUGUAACUACAAGGUGGAUUGUGCAUGCCAUAAAGGCAAUCAGAACUGUCCCGUGCAGAAACAUAACCAAAACCCAUCUGAGACACUUCUGCCCCCACCACAGACCCCACUACCUACUCUGCCAGGGGCAGAGACCCGCAGAAGGCGGGCACGGCGGAAAGAAUUAGAGGGAAGCGGGUUGAUUGGGAGUGUUUCCGACGAUAGCAAUCAGCUCCUGGAUGAACAAGGGGAGCCUGGAACUAGUGAAGCAGAGGAGGGUCUGAUAGAUGGUGUUAAGCAGGAGGAGGGACAAGAUGAGUUGGAUGAAAUGGGAGCACCAAUACCUAACAGCAGACGGUCGCGAGAGGACCGGAAAGCUGAGGCCAUCAUGCAUGUGUUUCAGAAUUUGGAAAGGAGGAAGAAGCGUGUUACUCAGGGUACAGAGCGUGUCGGGCUUGACGACCUCAAACAGGAGGGAAUAGACCCUGAGGAUGGUGGAGCCUCCUCUCCCACAGGAUCUAACCCAGGUCAAAAUGCAGGGUUGAUCGGAGGUGUUAGCACACGCCGCACGUCUUUUGCCACAGACCCAGUGGCAUCAGUUGAAGCAGAAAAACCUUCCUCAGUGAACGUUGUUGCUCCCAAACCUCCCCCAGCACGCCCCAAACCACGGCCCAAGAGUCGCAUCUCGCGUAAUCGGGCAAGUUCUGCCCAGCGGGCACGUCGCCAGAGGCAGGCUCUUCUAGCACAGCAGGCAGCCGAGGCAGGAGCAGCAGGUGGGGAAGAGGGAGGCACUGUGGCUGGCACGGGUGAACUGGGGCUUGGGGAUGGACCACUGGGUGUCGGACAACCUCAGGAUGGAGAGAGCUAUGGGGUCUCAUCUACAGCACUAGGCAGCAAGGCAGGGGUGAGAUGUCCCAAAACAAAAAAGUACCUGGUGACGGAGUGGUUAAACGACAAGGCCCCAGACCGAGCAGAGGAGCCAGUAGAGCGGCCCUUGCGCAUCACCACAGACCCCACUGUGCUGGCUACUACACUCAACAUGCUGCCUGGUCUUUCACACUCACCCCUCAUCUGUACCACCCCCAAACACUACAUUCGCUUCGGCUCUCCAUUCAACCCAGAGAGACGUCGCCGGCCCCUUAUUGUUGAUCCCACCUACGGCUCCUGCAAAAAAAGGUGGAUAAAGCAGGCCCAGGAUGAGAGCAUGUCCUCUCUCUCCAUGGAGGAUGGAACCGAGUCUAAUUCUUCACACCAAAGUAACAGCAGCAGCACAGCCUCCAGAUCUGAAUUAAUGGCACCUUUUAAAAAAAGGAAGUCAAAGUAUGCAUCAGAAACAGUUGCACCACCUCCCGAACUCCUCCUUCGACCUUUGUCCCCGAUCACACCUCCAUUGCCGUCUGAGGCCUCUGUGAGCUUGCUCCACCCUCUCCUCUCUUCCUGCUCGCUGUAUUUAGGAACCGAAGAGGAGAGGCAGAAUGGUGCUAUGCCACCUUAUUCUCCUCUUCCAUCUCUUCCUGCCAGCCGGUGCAACACACCUCUGCAGUUUGAGAACAUUUCCUCGCCUGAGGCAUCUCCUGUACACAGACCAGAGUCUCUUUCUCCAGAGCCCUGUUUGCGACCAGACUUCGAUACCCCACGGAUCAUCACCUUCCCUGAACUUUCCGUGAUGUCUGGUCUUGGCAGUCCAGCGCCCCCAUCUGAUGACUUUCCCCUGACUGGACCAGAGUCCGUGACUGGCUCUGGAGAUGGUGUGUGCCUCACACCAGUCCCUGUAUCUAACGCCGGUGACGCCUCGUCAGGCCCACGCUCAAAUGAGGCGCAGGUUAGAGAGCAGGUCUUUAGGACAGAGUUCAACCUCAUCUACACCUGCUCUCCCCUUAAUGCCAACUUGAGCACCGGCCCUGUGAGUGACAGAAGACAUUCCCAGUCCGAGGGCAGCUUCUCCCCUGCUGAAUCCUACUUCAGCUCUGUGAGUGGCCAAGGCUUAAUGGGUGAGCCAGGGCCUGGUUCUUUUUCGCCUUACCCUGAGCCUCAGUUUGGGAGUGGCACACCUCCUCAUACCAGCAAUCCACCACAGAAGAAGAAGGUAUCUUUGCUGGAAUAUCGAAAAAGAAAGCAGGGAUCACGGGACCCUGAGCCAGUAGGCUCUGCCGGCGGCACCAUUGGUACCCCUGUGCGCUCUGGCUCUCUGUGCCAAACUGCUGAAUCCCCCGGUGGAGCGCGCUCACUGCUGCAGCCACCCGCCUCCCCACACAGCUCCUUCUCCUCUCCAGCCCAUCAGCCUUUCCCACAGAUAGAGGAGGUCAGUCCUCCAGAUCUCAGCACCACUGUGGGGAAUCACUCACAGACGUCCAGCCACUGGAUGGUGCCAACAUCAGUGGAAAGGUUGAGGGAAGGGCAGGGAGUUUUGGAGCGUGUUUUGAGGGGCAAUAUAAAGAUGGAGCGAAUACUCAAAAAGUCGGAUGGUGGAACCAAUGAGCAAGGAAGUAACCGAGACAAAGAUAUAGAUGGACUGGAAGAGGAUAGAUGUACCCUCCAGAGUUCAUCUUUGACUUCCCCCAUGAGGAGUCCCCAGAGUUACAGCCCAUCUGUUCACUCACACCAGGUUCAGCCUCAUUUGGCAGAACCAGAUCUACAUCUCGAAAGCUCCACCUACCACCAGCAGAGUAGUUGCUCUCCUUUUCAUCCCUCCUUCAGUACCUCUCCUUCAUCCUCCUCUAUGUCAGUGGUUCAGGGCUACCAUCCGUCUCGACUGGGGAUAUCUGCUUCUCUAGGCCAGGAUGUGCUCUCUUCCUCAGCCUCUCCUUCAGGGGACUCCAGACACACAGGGGGAACUCUACAACAUCAUAGUAGAGCAGCAGGAGGGUUGGACCUGUCUCACAUCUACUCAGACGGCCAUCAUAAAGCCAGCCUGUUAAACAGCAGCACUCUUUCAGGGUCUAUGAGUGUUUCCUCCAGAGGCCAGGGCCACUCGGACAGCUGCACUGCCAUUAGCAGCCAGGCCUCCCAUGCGUCAAGACUAACCCAGUCGCCCACAGUGCGAAACCUAAAAGCAGGCAGUCCCAGUCCCUCAGUGCUGCAGGCCAGCUCCAGGCUUCUCUCAGUCAGCGCAACGCAGCACUAUCCACAGCGGCAUUUGCAGCAGUCCCCUAUGCAGGGUUCGGGUGUACGAACACAUUCUGGGACCUUCUAGAACUGUUUGUGUGUUUGUAUUUGAGAGCAUAUAUGAAUGUGUGUGUGUGUGUGUGCGCGCGUGCGCGCUUGUUUGUCACCCUCCUCAACUAAACCUGUGGAUAAGUUCUGGGUUAGGGGAGGGGACUUGAUGUACAGACAUCAGAAGAGUAUGGACUCUUGUAAUGACUGCCUCUUACUUUCUUUAUCUUUGUUUUCCUAUUUUUUUUUUCUUUUUCUCUCUCUCUCUCUGUCACCAAAAAUCCUGCAUUUCUGCAAUUUAUAAGUAGUCUGGCGUGGAUUUCGUUAUAAUCUUGCAGUCAGUGAAAAAUAAAAAUAUAUAUAACCUGUUUGGCAAGGGGAAAAAAGCAAAGAGUUAAAUCAUGUGUAAUUUUAAAUUUACCCACAUGCUUGAAAAAUAGUUUCACUCAUAAUUUACUAAAAUAUAUGAUGAUUUGAAUCAGACACCAUAUGCUGAUAAUCAGUUGUUGGAUCAGUUAGUGUUUGGUGCUUUUCACUUUAUUCAGUCGUUAAAUUUGGGUCAGUCUGCUGGAUCAUUCACCGACAGCUGAAUUUCCUUCAAGCAAAAAGUUUCUUAGAUUCACUCACAUGGGUAUAUACUGUAGGUAAAUUUAAUUUGCUUAUCUUUCUUCCUCUUAAUCAUUCCAUUCAGUCUGUCAACUGUCACUAGGUUUCUAGGAUCAUCCCUUGGUAACCUAUUUUGUUUUGUUUUUUGUAUAGACUCAUUCUGUAAUACUUGACAAACACAGAUCUUAUGGUGCUGCAGUUAGCUCAGUCUUUGUUUGAACUGACUUUAGGGUUGUCUGAAACCCAGUAUCAUCAUGUCCAUUAAUAGUCUGUUGAAAUGUAUAGCUGUCAUUUGGGACUGGUUUUAUGUUCAUUUUUAAAACUGGGUUCUAGUAACUGUUGCUUUGGUGACUUUGAAAUGCACGGAACUAUUUUGAAAAGUAAGCUGCAGAAAUAUUGUUUUUACUCCGUUAUAGGAUUUAUUCCCCUUAACAGUUGUUGAAUCCUGCAGGAUUUUUUUUAUUAUUAUUUUCAUAUUGUUGAGAAUUUAUUUUUCUCUCCCUUGACCAAUCCUUGCAUUCCAUACACCACUCAAGGCAGGAGAAGUGGAGAUGUGGCUGGAUGGUUUGAUUAGGACAUUAAAAAGACAUAUAAAAAUGAAAAAGAUAGCUGCUGGGGUCUCAUACUAAGUAUUGUUCAUGCAAAGUGCUGCUUUCAGAUGUGGUGUUUUUUUUUUUUUUUUUUUUUUUCUUUUUUUUUUUUUUAUUACAGAAUGCUGUACUUUUGUCCGUUUGAUAUUCAUCGCAAACGGUGAGGUCACCUACUUGUGCCAUGGUGAGAGUAAAACUGAAUAUCAAAUCAAAUGCAAAGGAUACCACUGUUGUAUCUUGGGAGCUGUAGUUUUUGUCUUGGAUGUCUGUUGGGUGGACUCAAGACGGACUAAAUCUACAGUGACCCAGAAUUCAACUUAAAUUUUUUUUGUUGUUGUUGUCCCCCCCUCACUCAAACCCCUUAAUCAAAGGACCUUACAGGAGACGGGGAAAUGAACAGGUUCAUUUGAUCAGCCUUUGAGAUACAUUUUGACCUUUGGCUUUUUCUGCCAGAGGUCUUCCUCCCCAUUUAGGAAAAGACUCAAGGGUACUCACUGAUUAACAUGAAUGUUUGUCUUUUCACAGAAGACUUCAAAAGAAAAAGAUUUUAUGACCAGAAAUUUACCAGCACCUUAAUUACAAAGGAAAAAAUGUUAACAAGCAAGAAAACAUUUAUGUAUGAUCACGUGUACUUGCAUAAAAUGUUAUAUACUGUUCCAAGAAAAUAUAGUACACUAAAUUUGCCGCAUGAUAUUUUUUUCUUUUAGGUUGGAUUGACAGUUGAAAGUGUGGAUGUUCCAUAAAAAACUGGACAUGUUUCAAAGGUUUUAUUUUUUACACAAAUCCAAGUUUGGACCCCUCCCACUCCUUUAAAUGACGAUAAGCAGAAGAUAUGUAAUGUCUUUUGAUAAUAAAAUAGUCAUGACAA